GGUCGCCCGUCGGGCGUCGGCGUACAAACUAAAAUAAAUUAGUGUACCUCCAUAAUAUUUAUUAUUUAUUGUACAAGAAUAAAUUGUCGUAUAAAACGUCCACAAGAUCUAAGUAAUAUGUAUGUUAUUUAAUAUUUAUCCCAGCGCAGGACGUGGUCGCAAAACAGUUGGAUUUCGACUCGUAUUGCGGAGAACGCGCCUGCGUUUUAUUCACUUAAACUUGAGUCGACCACAAAUACAGCUCUAUGUUUAAGUUACAAUACAUGAGGUUGCGAUCGCGGUACAUGCUGUUCUGCUUUAUCGCAGUCUUUUCGUUUAGCGUUUUGUUCUUAAUGUUUCAAAACAGUCUGAGCCGGCCGGCCAUCGAGACCUUGGUCACUGAAACGCACAAGCAAAUUAACAACUUCAAAAACUUCAAAGACAAUUUAAAGGUAGCCGAGCAAAAGGAAUUGGUGGUCAACGAAGACUAUCUGUACGCAUUGGGUUUUGUGACGAAACCGGCCAUUUACCCAGACUCUUCUUGGAAGAACACCACUCUACCCAUUGUUGUCACAUACGUGUUGGAAGAUGAACACAGCCAAGCUAUUGGGCUCGUGAUAUGUGUGACCAAGUACUUGCCUGACCGUGCAAUACUUCUAUACAACCUGGGAAUACCUGACUACCAACUCAACAUUAUGCAAACAUUUUGUAAUAACAACACUCGGUGUACAAUUAUCGAUUUUGAUCUAUCAAAAUUUCCAUCUCAUGUAAGCCGUACACAUAUCAAAGCGUAUCGACCUCUUGUGUUACAGGACGCAUUGAAUCGCGCUGGUGCCGUGAUGUUUCUCGAUCCAAAUGUUCGGAUAAUAUCUCCAAAUGUUUCAAAACUUUUCACGCUCUACAGUAACAAAUCAAUAGUCGGCUGGGAGACAAGAAUGGCCACAACAACGCUCACACACCCAAAAAUGUUUGAUUACUUUCGAACACCUGCAGACAAUUUUUUCUUCCUUCCCCUGGUCCUAGUCAACAAACUGAUUGUGUACAAUACUCUUGACAUGCAUCAAGACAUCAUGUUGCCGUGGAUUCAAUGUGCCCUCAUCAGUGAAUGUAUAUCACCCAUAGGGGCGCAGACCAAAGGGUGUAGAUACAACAAGAAACCACAGUACAGAUAUUCAAGUUGUCAUGGGUAUGAUGUGUCAGCAUUCAACAUUGUGUUAGGUAUACACUAUCAGUUCGAUAGUACACCUUAUGUCAUCAAAGAAAACGAAGAUGAUUUUUUCACUCAAGUUUCCACGAGUGAAGCUCAAAAAGAUCUACAAAACUUGAUUUUGAAUAUAACAGAUACGCCAGCAGUGACGUAAUUGAAUACACCCAUAAAGUGUAUUCAUCUAAAUGAUCUUAAUCCGUUAUAUAAUCUAGUUAACGGAUAAACAUUGACCAAAAAUUAUUUUAAAUCCUAUACAUUUUAAUACAUUAGGUUUCCAAAAUAUGCUACAUAAUAUCUAUAUUUAUAUUUAAAACAUUAUUGAUCAAAGUCUAAGAAUAUUAACAGUAAAAACCUAUGAACAUUGGUAUUAAAAAAAAUCGAUUAGCUGUACAAAUGUCAGACUGUUAUUGAGGGGGUAAACAUACAUUUAAUGUGAUAAUUUAAAAUAUGUUGGGUGUUGGAGGUUUUUGCUGUUUAGAAGUAACUAAAAGAUUUCCAGCGUUAUUACUUACUACUAUCAUUAUUCAUUACAUGUAGGUAUUUAAGUUCUGAAAACAAUUUUAAAUUCUCUUCACUUUUCAAAGUAUUAAUUGUUGCAUUUAUAUUAAUUGAAAAUUGUAUUGACAUGGUACAAAGCCGAUUAUUAUUUUGUAUAUUAUUAAGAAGAAAUAUUUAAGCAAAUAUGAUUUUGUUACCUAACCAUUAUUGAUGUAUGAUUGUUGUAUAAUAUGUAACAUUGUGUUGUAAAUACUAUUAGGGUUGCCUUGUUUUGUAUAAUCAUUACUGCUUUAUUUUAUACACCAAACUUUAAAACUGGUCAGUUGCUACAUCAAAAGAUACCAAUUGGAUCAUACACGGUCAGAGAUCCAAACAUUUUGGCAAUUCCUGAUAACAUUUACAUUUAUUUUGUAAUAGCAUGUAAGUGUUAAAUAAUUGUUUACAGUUUUUUUUUAACCGCCAAAUUGCCUUUUUUUGUCAGUAUGGUUAAUGUUCCUUCAGUUUUUGUUUUAAUUAAUUUCCUUUAUUUACUCUUAUAUUAAUUUAACCUGAACUACCUUAUGAUUAUUUAAUGUUGAAAUUUUGUAAUAACUGUUUACAUCUAUUCUAAUUUUAAUAUGGUAAAAAGAUCAAAAUUUAACAGUAAGUUAAAAGAUUAAUUUCAUGUAUUUAUUUUUCCGUUUUACAAAUCAAUAAAUUAUAUAUUUUUCAGUUGUAAA